AAAGUGUUUUGUCUCGCUCUCUCGACGGCGCUCGUUCGUGUGGAUGGAACGGGAGGGGGUGAACCCUGGAAAAACCCUGGAACAGAUGCUGAUCUCCGCCGGCGAAGAUCUCAAUCUCGAUGAAGCGGAUCUGGAGAAUCUCACAGAUCCCUCUGUUUUCUGAUCACUUUCGCCUUUCUCGCGGAUCUUCCUCAACCUUCCGAACUCUUACCCCUUUCUGUUUCACCCUCUUCCGGUCACCGAAACAUCCUCCGUUUCCCCGGGAACUCCGCUCCCAGAUUCGGACCCAUCGGUUGAGGUCUAUUUUCACCGGAAAAUCCCGGGUUCGAGCUAUGGCACCCCCCCGGGAUGAUAUGCCCCGCAAAGCGUCGGUUUUGAAGGACGAAUUGCUGCAAAACUACCAUCCAGAUAAGGUGACUAUGGUUUUGGACAAAAAUGAGAGGUUUUUGUUACAUAGCUAUCGCGAAGGAGCUGCCGUUAUUGAGCUCUUGAGACAGUUACGUCCAUGGCCGGUUUUGGCUCUGGAGGUCUUCAAUUGGAGAAGAAAUAAAGCGGAAUGUGGUGGCAAAGCCUUGACAGCUGAUGAAUAUGCACAGGGUAUCACGAUUUCUGGUAGAGUAAAGGAUUUGGAUAUGGCGGUUGAGUUGUUUGAUGAGGCUGCAAAAAAGCAGAUUAAGACUACCUACAUAUACAAUGCUUUGAUGGGUGCUUACAUGUGGAGUGGUCUGACAGAGAAAUGCAAUAAACUUUUUGGAGAACUCAAGAAGCAACAUUGCUGUAGUCCAUCAGUUUCGACAUAUAACAUUCUCAUCUCUGCAUAUGGGCGGUGGAUGAUGGUUGAUCGAAUGGAAGCUGUGUUCAAGGAACUGAAAGAGCUGAAAAUCCCUCCGGAUAUGAGCACGUACAAUAACUUGAUCGCCGAGUAUAUUCGUGCUUGGAAGUGGGAUAAGGUGGAAGCGACGUUUAAGAUGAUGAAGAAUGGCCCGGUAAAGCCUAACAUCGGCACUUACUUGUUGAUGCUCCGUGGGUAUGCAAACUCAGGAAAUCUUUCACGGAUGGAAGAGACAUAUGAAUCUGUGAAACAUUAUGUUAACAGGAAGGAAAUCCCAUUAAUAGAGUCCAUGAUAUGUGCAUAUUCUAGGAAUGCUGACAAAGAUAAGGUAAGAAAAAUCGAGACUUUAUCCAGGCUUAUUCCAAGAAAAAGUUACAAGCCUUGGUUGAAUGCGCUGUUGAUACAGAUGUAUGCACAAGAGGAUAAUCUAGAAGCAAUGGAGGACUUCAUUAAUGAGGCUUUUGAAAAAGAAGUUCAAAUAGAGACAAUCGGUAUAAUGCGAUCAGUCGUUGCAAGUUACUUCAGGUCCAAUGCAGUGGAUAAGCUUGCCGGCUUUGUGCAGCGGGCUCAGUCUUCUGGCUGGAGAAUGUGCAGGUCUGUAUACCAUGGGUUGAUGAUCAUGUAUGGAUCUCAUAAGCGUCUAAGUGAAAUGGAAAACACCCUCUACGAGAUGGAUAAUUUCAACAUUAGACGGAUCAAAAAGACAUUCUGCAUACUGCAUAGAGUGUACACAGUGCAUGGCCAGAAAUAUAAGAUCGAUCAAGUGGCCGGAAUGAUGUUAAAGCAUGGGCAUGGGUUUCCGCAACCCUAUAACACUUUUGACAUUGGUGGAAUAGAGGCUAUUUGAACAGUGGAGAGAUUUCUUGGGAUGGAAUAUGCGAUCCAUGAGAAUCAAAGGUAAAAUGCACCUUCCGAGUUUUGUGACUGAAACAUGACUAUCACUUGCCUUGGAUAGAGAGUAGCCUUGGCCAAUCUAGUGCUGGGUUUGAGAUCUAAUGUAGGUGAUCUUUAGAGCAAAGCUAUAGAAAAUUAAGAUAGGAGCUGUCUUCAGAUCAGGGAAGAGAGCUGAAUAAGUUUUCUCUGAGAUCAAUUUUUUUUGGGUCGUUAUACCAAAUACAGCAGCGUUUAGUUAUAUGCUGAACCUCGAGGACACUGGGGGAGGGGAUUUGGUGUCACCCCCAAACUCUCUUUGGAAUUCACAAUGCAGAGAAGAGAUGGGCAAGUUCUCCAAAGGCAGGAGAGCGAGACAGAACACUACAUGUACAUAGUCUAUGCUCAUGUCAUAUGUAACAUGGUAGAAAGAAAAGCAUUCAUUCCCUUGAUUCCUUUGAUUUUAGGAAGCAAAGGGCACAUUGCCUUUGCAGAGUUUCCAGCUGGUUAGGAUCCACCUUUGCUUUUGAAUGAAAAAGAGAAAGGGUGGAGCCUGGAGCAAAGGAUGUUGAAUUUUCUGGUGUGUAUUCGCUGACAGGGAAUGGCAGAGCUUCCUGUCUUGCUAUUUGACUCUUUGUUGAAUGCUCUUGAGUCUUGUCUUUCUUUUCGGCGAUU